UUCGAUGCAACUCAUUUGACAAGCUCUCGUCAACGAGAAAAAAAGUCUCGUUAAAAUAAUGUGAUGUGUAAUUUUAAGGAGCAAAUGAAAAAAACGUUAUUGACAUUUCACACGGAUCAACAGGUAUAGACAACGCGAUAACAAAUUAUUAUCUGCAUUGUACUCGUAAGCUAUAUUUUGUGCUUUACAGGUAAACUGAUAAAUUCAAAACGAUUUCGGAUUGCAAGUGAAGGUUCUUCAGUGCAAACGGUAUUUCCCAAUAGAAGCUCGUACAAGUUCUUGUCUCGCUAGCCUCGAGUGCCUAAAAGCCUGAAAUGUCAUCGACUACUGCCGUAAAUGUAGAUGGCAUCGAAUUUGAUCGCAAUGAUCUUUUGGGUAUUGGUGGCUUCGGUUCAGUGCAUCGAGGUAAACAUAAAGGUCAAAGUGUAGCAAUCAAAAGAAUUCUGAAGCUAAAUAACAAAGAUCAAGUAGUUAACGACGAGUUAAAAAUUCUGCAGCAGUUAGAUCAUCCCAAUAUUGUUAAAUUUGUGCACUUCGCAAGGGAUGAUAACUUCAAUUACAUUGCUUUGGAAUUGUGCGACGCAUCAUUAGAUCGGGUAUUCCUAAAAGAGGACGAUCGUCGGAAAUACAAAGGACCUGCAUUACCAAAUAAUUUCGAAAUUUUCUACCAGUUAGCCACUGGUCUCAAAUACAUUCAUUCACAGAACCUAAUCCAUCGGGACAUUAAACCGGAAAACAUUCUCAUUUCUGUGAAACAUACUGAUCAAGGUGAAGAGAUAAAGAUCAAGUGGGCUGAUUUUGGAUUGUCAAGAGCAGUGAAUGACAGAGGAACUUUCACAAUGAGUGGAAUCAGAGGGACUUUUCUUUGGUUUUCUCCCGAAAUUAUGGAAAUUAUGGGAAACGGCCUGCGCAUUGAAGAAACUAGAGGCUCUAUCAAAAGCGACGUAUUCGCAGAAGGCCUCGUCUUUGGUUACAUUCUCUUAAAAGGAAAACAUAUCUACGGCGAAAAUGCUUUAGAAAUUGCGAACAACAUCCUGAAAAACGAAUCAGUCAAUAUGAGUGAAAUUCACAAAAACCAUUUAGCACGUAACUUAAUAGAACAAAUGCUGAUCAACACAUCUGAUACAAGAAUUACAUCUGAACAAGUUGUUAACCAGCUUGCUGACAUAAAAAUCAAACUCAUCGAAAAAGAAAAACACCUGCAACUGCUGUGUAAACAUCACACAACAGUUUUUGGGAAUAAAAUCAAAAAUUUAAUCCAACUCGGUGUCGACUUAAACUCAAAGAAUGGCGAUGAAUGGAAUGCGCUUCAUUUUUUGUGUCGAUACAAUUCAAGCCCACACUUAAUGGAUGCGAUUAAAAUCUUGAUCGAUCUCGGCAUUGACAAAAACGCAAAAACCAACCAUGGAUCGAAUGCGCUUCAUUAUUUGUGUGAAAACAGUUCAAGCUCACACUUAAUCGAUGCAAUUAAACUCUUGAUCAAACUCGGCAUCGAUAAAAACGCAAAAACCAACGAUGGAUCGAAUGCGCUUCUUCUUUUGUGUCGAAACAGUUCAAGCCCACACUUCAUCGAUGCAAUUAAACUCUUGAUCGAACUCGGCAUUGACAAAAACGCAAAAACCAACCAUGGAUCGAAUGCGCUUCAUUAUUUGUGUUGUAACAAUUCAAGCCCACACUUAAUCGAUACAAUUAAACUCUUGAUCGAACUCGGCAUCGACAAAAAAGCAAAGGACAACGUUGGAUGGAAUGCGCUUCAUCUGUUAUGUCGAUUCAAUUCAAGCCAACACUUAAUCCAUGCAAUUAAACUCUUGAUCGAACUCGGCAUCGACAAGGACGCAAAGUCAAACAAGGGACAGAAUGCGCUUCAUCUUUUGUGUCGAUACAGUUCAAGCCCACACUUCAUCGAUGCAAUUAAACUCUUGAUCGAACUCGGCAUCGACAAAAACGCAAAGGACAACGAUGGAUGUAAUGCGCUUCAUCUUUUGUGUCGAUACAAUUCAAGCCAACACUUAAGCGAUGCAAUUAAACUCUUGAUCGAUCUCGGCAUCGACAAAAACGCAAAAACCAACGAUGGAUCGAAUGCGCUUCAUUAUUUGUGUGAAAACAGUUCAAGCUCACACUUAAUCGAUGCAAUUAAACUCUUGAUCAAACUCGGCAUCGACAAAAACGCAAAGGACAACUAUGGAUCUAAUGCGCUUCAUUAUUUGUGUCGAAACAAUUCAAGCCCACACUUAAUCGAUGCAAUUAAACUCUUGAUUAAACUCGGCAGCGACAAAAACGCAAAAACCAACGAUGGAUCCAAUGCGCUUCAUUAUUUGUGUUGUAACAAUUCAAGCCCACACUUAAUCGAUACGAUUAAACUCUUGAUCGAACUCGGCUUCGACAAAAACGCAAAAAACAACCAUGGAUCGAAUGCGCUUCAUCUUUUGUGUCGAAACUGUUCAAGCCCACACUUAAUCGAUGUGAUUAAAUUUUUGAUUGAACUCGGCAUUGACAAAAACGCAAAGGACAACCAUGGAUACAAUGCGCUUCAUGACUUGUGUCGACACAAUUCAAGCCCACACUUAAUCUAUGCGAUUAAAUUUUUGAUUGAACUCGGCAUCGACAAAAACGCAAAAUCCAACGAUGGAAUGAAUGCGCUUCAUUAUUUGUGUUGGAACAAUUCAAGCCCACACUUAAUCGAUGCGAUUAAAUUUUUGAUUGAACUCGGCAUCGACAGAAACGCAAAAUCCAACGAUGGAUGUAAUGCGCUUCAUCUUUUGUGUUGGAACAAUUCAAGCUCACACUUAAUCGAUGCGAUUAAAAUCUUGAUCGAACACGACAUAGACAAAAACGCAAAAUCCAACGAUGGAUGGAAUGCGCUUCAUCUUUUGUGUCGAUACAAUUCCAGCCCACACUUAAUCGAUGCAAUUAAACUCUUGAUCAAAAUCGGCAUCGACAAAAACGCAAAGGACAACGAUGGAAGGAAUGCGCUUCAUCGUUUGUGUUGCAACAAGUCAAUCCCACACUUAAUCGAUGCGAUUAAAUUUUUGAUUGAACUCGGCAUCGACAAAAACGCAAAAGCCAACAAUGGAUGGAAUGCGCUUCAUUAUUUGUGUUGGAACAAUUCAAGCCCACACUUAAUCGAUGCGAUUAAAUUUUUGAUUGAACUCGGCAUCGACAAGGAUGCAAAGGACAACGAUGGAUCGAAUGCGCUUCAUCUUUUGUGUUGGAACAAUUCAAGCUCACACUUAAUCGAUGCAAUUAAACUCUUGAUCAAAAUCGGCAUCGACAAAAACGCAAAGGACAACGAUGGAAGGAAUGCGCUUCAUUAUUUGUGUUGGAACAAUUCAAGCCCACACUUAAUCGAUGCGAUUAAAUUUUUGAUUGAACUCGGCAUCGACAAGGAUGCAAAGGACAACGAUGGAUCGAAUGCGCUUCAUCUUUUGUGUUGGAACAAUUCAAGCUCACACUUAAUCGAUGCAAUUAAACUCUUGAUCAAAAUCGGCAUCGACAAAAACGCAAAGGACAACGAUGGAAGGAAUGCGCUUCAUCGUUUGUGUUGCAACAAGUCAAUCCCACACUUAAUCGAUGCGAUUAAAUUUUUGAUUGAACUCGGCAUCGACAAAAACGCAAAAGCCAACAAUGGAUGGAAUGCGCUUCAUUAUUUGUGUUGGAACAAUUCAAGCCCACACUUAAUCGAUGCGAUUAAAUUUUUGAUUGAACUCGGCAUCGACAAGGAUGCAAAGGACAACGAUGGAUCGAAUGCGCUUCAUCUUUUGUGUUGGAACAAUUCAAGCUCACACUUAAUCGAUGCAAUUAAACUCUUGAUCAAAAUCGGCAUCGACAAAAACGCAAAGGACAACGAUGGAAGGAAUGCGCUUCAUUAUUUGUGUUGGAACAAUUCAAGCCCACACUUAAUCGAUGCGAUUAAAUUUUUGAUUGAACUCGGCAUCGACAAGGAUGCAAAGGACAACGAUGGAUCGAAUGCGCUUCCUCUUUUGUGUUGGAACAAUUCAAGCUCACACUUAAUCGAUGCAAUUAAACUCUUGAUCAAAAUCGGCAUCGACAAAAACGCAAAGGACAACGAUGGAAGGAAUGCGCUUCAUCGUUUGUGUUGCAACAAGUCAAUCCCACACUUAAUCGAUGCGAUUAAAUUUUUGAUUGAACUCGGCAUCGACAAAAACGCAAAAGCCAACAAUGGAUGGAAUGCGCUUCAUUAUUUGUGUUGGAACAAUUCAAGCCCACACUUAAUCGAUGCGAUUAAAUUUUUGAUUGAACUCGGCAUCGACAAAAACGCAAAAGCCAACAAUGGAAGGAAUGCGCUUCAUUAUUUGUGUUGGAACAAUUCAAGCCCACACUUAAUCGAUGCGAUUAAAUUUUUGAUUGAACUCGGCAUCGACAAGGAUGCAAAGGACAACGAUGGAUCGAAUGCGCUUCAUCUUUUGUGUUGGAACAAUUCAAGCUCACACUUAAUCGAUGCAAUUAAACUCUUGAUCAAAAUCGGCAUCGACAAAAACGCAAAGGACAACGAUGGAAGGAAUGCGCUUCAUCGUUUGUGAUGCAAAAAGAAAAUCACACACUUAAUCGAUGCGAUUAAAUUUUUGAUUGAACUCGGCAUCGACAAAAACGCAAAAGCCAACAAUGGAUGGAAUGCGCUUCAUUAUUUGUGUUGGAACAAUUCAAGCCCACACUUAAUCGAUGCGAUUAAAUUUUUGAUUGAACUCGGCAUCGACAAAAACGCAAAAGCCAACAAUGGAAGGAAUGCGCUUCAUUAUUUGUGUUGGAACAAUUCAAGCCCACACUUAAUCGAUGCGAUUAAAUUUUUGAUUGAACUCGGCAUCGACAAGGAUGCAAAGGACAACGAUGGAUCGAAUGCGCUUCAUCUUUUGUGUUGGAACAAUUCAAGGCCACACUUAAUCGAGGCGAUUAAACUCUUGAUCGAACUCGGCAUCGACAGGGACGCAAAGGAUUACUUUGGAUGGAAUGCGCUUCAUUAUUUGUGUGAAUACAAUUCAAGCCCACACUUAAUCGACGCGAUUAAAGUUUUGAUUGAACUCGGCAUCGACAAAAACGCAAAGACCUACUUUACUAGAUGGAAUGCACUCGGCUUGUGUCGGCGUAAUAUAAAUCUUGCAAAUUGCAACGUGAACGAAAUCUUUAAAACCGUAUGAAUUUUAAAAAAUGUUAAGGCUGUUCAGAAGAAGAACAUACUAAAAUAAAUUCAAACAAAAUUCCCCAGUAUGUUGCAAGAAAUGGGAUUCUCGGAAAAAUACAUCCAAG